AUAAGCAAUUUAACUACAGCACCUCUCUCCUGUCAUUGUUUUACUUCGAAAUUAGACAUACAUCGCCCGAAGGCUAGAUUUACACACAAGAGAGGCGCGCAUCAAUCAAGCAAUGUCCUCUGCAUUUCUUGUCUUAUCUAUUUGUUAACAGCUUGUUAGAUCUGUCUGAUUGUGUGGAGAUUAGAUAACUAGAUUAUGGAUUAAAUACAUCUAACCUUUUAGUGAAGAUCCAUCCUCCUUAAUUAAGUGAUGUGAUUUAAUGAAUUUAUCGAAAUAAGUGGAGUGUCGCGAGUGAAAGAAGAAAUUAAGUUACUAUGGCGUCCUUUGACGGACGUUGUGAACCGGAGUACAGCAACAUUCAUAUUCCAGACAUCUUAAAUGGCGAAUCGGACAAAGAGGAAGAAUACGAAAAUAUUGUUUUGCGACCCAAAGAACCGCAAGAUGAAGACCAGUUGUUUGAAGACACUUCUGAGACUUCUAGUCCAAAUCCUGCACCAAGAAAACGCAGGUCUGGGGUCGUGAUUAGUAUGGAGAAACUAAAUACCAUAUCGACCUCUGAAAAUAGUGAUGACGGUGACGAUUGUGCAAAAUUCACAUUGUCACCACCCGUAUCUUCUCAUGGUUCACCCAUCGAGAUCAAAGACGGCAAGCUAACAGUGGAUGCACAAGAAGAAUCAAAAGAAAUAGAGGAUAAGGUUUUCAAUUUGAACCCCAAACCCAAUUCUUUAGGAGUUAUCUACGACGAGACCCGACCACGCAGAUGCAUCAGUCUGGAUCAGUCAAGGAACAAAGCCUCUGACGUCAUUUAUGACGAAACAAAACCAAAGCGAAAAGUCAGUUUUGACACAGCUAUGCCAAAAUUGAGACAAAUCAGGAAUGAUAACAUGCCCAUUAGAAAAAUCAGCUUGGAUACAGGUUUAGACGCGAGGAAUAUCCGAAGAAUCAACAUCGAUUCCAGCAGUGGGAUGAAGUUAAAAAAGCAAUGUUCUUACCCAGAGGUAAAGAAUGAAAACAAUAUUCGGAAGAUAAGCUUUGAUGAAGAGUCAGGAACGCUUCACAUUCGUCAAAUAAAUAAUGAAGAAGAAGAACCUGCCAAUGUGGUGUUUGAAACACCCAGUGACUGCGUUACUCCUAGAAAGAUGAGUUAUGAAGGCGACCCUUCGGACAUUGGUUACAUAAAUCGUGGGUUUGACAAUGAUACAUAUUUGGAUAACGUUACAUUCCAAGUUCAAAGGGUCUAUCCAGACAUUCAGGACAAAGACUUAAAUGGCUUCACUAAGAAGUCUAAUGGAAAUUGUGAUCACAUGGGAUACGAAACCAAAGGCAUUCUUAAGGGAUCGAAAGCAAGACAAACUCAAGUGAGUGGCAACGCAGGUGACUCUUCGGAUCAAAACUCAACUUUGGCAGAACAUCUCAGAAAGGACUCCAUCGCCUUGACCAGCGAAAAGCUAGGGCAGAUUCUGGAUCUCCAAAAACACUACUCUCAACAACAUAUGAAAGAGAAAAGGUUUGGAAAACAGAGAGAGAUUUUGAAGAAAUAUCGGUUACACUUGGGAGUUGCAGCAUUGUUUGUAUUCAUAUUAAUCUUAGUGAGUGUUGGGUGGCAUUUCCACCACAUUGCGAAUAAUGAAAAGAUGAUCAGUCAAAGGAUUUUCUUCGAAGCGAAUUCGAAACGACUUACCCUCUCUGACCCCAACGAAAGUGACCAGCUUUACGGUACACUAGGGCAUCAAAUCCCGUCUUGGCUAAAACCUACUCACUGUAUUGGCGAGGUGGAAACACAAGAAUUCCAAUGUCUGCGAUGGAAGAACAGUGCUAUCUUACGUAUCAGUUUUUUUUCACCCCAUGCAGUAAAAUGUUACAAUAUAUCUUGGGAAUCUCUGUCUGCAGAACUGUAUCCUUUAGAUUGCUAUUCCAUCGGAGACCAAGCAUGGUUUGGACCUUCAAAUCAAACACACCCAGAAUGGCCCAUCAAUAGUAAAACUAAAUUCACGUUCUCGGCAUCUUAUUCUCAGAACUUUGACGCAGGAACUUUUAAUUCAGCUGUUGAAAAUUACUGGCUAUCAGAAAAUGGAAACGGUCUUUUGGUAAGCGACAAUAUUCCUUUGGUGAUGCAUUGGAAUACAAUGAAUAAAGGGUCGUGGUGUAUCACUUCGAAUUAUACCGGGGACUUUUAUGGAUUCAAAGCAAAUAUCGACAAGAAGAGGUUUCUGAAUUACACAAUUUGCAAUGGAAAUGAUCCAUAUUCUGCUCAUAAUUAUUUGCGAAGUAAUUUGGAAACUGGACCUAACAGCUUGCCGACAAAGAUCCUCUAUACAAGUCCUCUUUGGUCAACGAAAGGCGACAGAGAUUCAAAUACUGUUUCAGAAACCGAUAUCAUAAGUAUUGCCAACAGCGUCAAGAAACACAACAUGUCAUGUGGAUCCAUUGUUGUAGACGGUAAAUGGGAAGGCAUUCAGGGAGAUUUCAAAUUUGAUGAAGAGAGAUUCCCAAAUAUUUCUACCCUUCAAUCAACGGUAUUUUCAACAGCCAAUUGUUCGCUCACAGUAUCAUUCAAUCCUUACUUCGAUUACAAAUCUGAGAGUUUCACAGAGGGACAUCCUAAAGAUCAUUUCAUCCUCGAUGCCAGUGGAAAAGUACCUGCCCUUGUUCAGUGGAAUGACGAUGUGAUGGCAAUGUUAGACGUUACAAAUCCAUCUGCCAGGUCUUGGAUUACCGGAAAGAUGAUGACACUGAUCGACAGAUACAAGAUAAAGUCUUUUAAGAUGACGUAUGGAAAACCUACGUGGUUGCCAUUUCAUCCAAAAUUUCAUGAAAGAGACAUAACUCCUAAUCAAUUGAAAAAAGAAUUCACAGACAUGUUGGUUUCCUUCCAUGAACUCAAUGCCGAUAUCAUCGAGGGAACUUCACACACGCAAAACUUACCUUACUUCGUAUCUGUUCCAACAAAAGUUAAAGAGACAGAAAAUGGUCUCUGUCUGACGGGUACUAUACCCAUAUCUCUGGCGCUUGGACUCAUGGGAUAUCCUUACAUCAUGGCUGAUGGAAUAAGCUAUUAUAAAUUCGAUCCAGAUGACAAAACUUAUGAACUUCUCCCUAGAGAUCUAUAUGUUCGAUGGAUACAAAUGGCAACCUUUUUUCCAGGAAUGAAGUAUUCAGUACCGCCUUGGAAGUACGACAGUGAUCUCCUGAAUUUCGCCAGAAAAGCGGCUCAGAUACAUCAGAAAUAUGUGUCCCCAGCGAUUGAAGAAUUGGUAGAGGAAAUACAAGCUGGGAAGCCCAUCAUCCGACCUAUCUGGUGGAUGGAUCCCACCGAUAAAAUCGCCAAAAGUGUUGGGGAUUCUUUCCUUAUCGGGGACGACUACUUGGUCGCUCCUGUUCUCUGUGAGGGUAAAACCUCUCGACAGAUAUACUUUCCCGAAGGUAUUUGGAAAGAUCUCCAGACCAAUCAGCUGAUUGUGGGUAAGAAAUGGAUUGAGUAUCCUGUUGGAAUGACCACUUUACCGUUCUUUAAAAAGACAAAAGUUUAUGAGGGUGCUUAAGAUGGCACGUGUGAAACUUGCCAAUACAUAAUUCUCGUGGACGCACCGAGUCAAAAUAAGAAUAAUCUAUAAACUCGUCUAUUUCGGUACAUAAAAUUUGGCAUUGUUUGUAUCUAUAUUUCACCACAUUACGAAUGUGAUGAUCGUUUGAAAUAUUGUGAAGUUAAAAUGCAUAAACUUAAAAUUCAUUGUCUAACCAGAGAGGCAUUGUAAAAAUAGUGUACUUUACUAAAUUUGAGGGCAUUAUACAUUUCAGUCAACCCUAUUUCGUCGAAGUUUUGGAAAUGUAGAAUUUCUUUUGAUUAUUUACGUUUUUAAUAUUGUCUUUUGACAUUAAUUUUGUUUGAUAAUUGAAAAGAUGUUUAUUUACGAAGGUAUAUUUAUUCGGAUAGACAGAUCUAUUCAUGAGAUGUUAACGAUUGUUAAGUUUUACAAAUUCUGAGCUUUACAUGCAUAUCCUUUAAAUACGUGUUUAUCAAGUGUUGUGUGAUUAUAUAUAUAUUCUAUGACGUUUUGACAAAAUAAAUGUGGAUCAUACGAA